UUCCGCGUUUUGUGUAACUAGAUCUCGUUAGGGUUGAAUAACAUUUCAUCGAUUAGUCACGCUCUCCUCACGGCCUCACCCAUAAUCCACCCUUAACUUUUUGUUGUCCCCGCGUGAACCGCCAAUCGCGAGUCGCGACGUCGCCCAUAUCACGAUGCCCUCAUCCCUCUCCGCUUCCCCCGAACCCAUCGUCUUCCAAUUCUCCUCUGACCCCGAAGACUCCCUCGUCAGCGACGAUGACCCUUCCCCCCAACUCCUCGCACCUGAACCCGCCGUAACCGUUCCCGCGAAGCCGCCUACGUCCCAGCGCCCAUCUCCCCACCACCGCCCACCGAACGGCCUGUGGUACUCCGUCUCCGAGGAGACAUGGCAGAAAACAUCCACCCUCCGAAAAGCAAUCAUCGAGAAAGUUCACGCCAUCGAGAGCGACGAGUUGGGUGAGGACGCCAACCCGCCCUGCGAACGCUGCAGUGAGCGAGGCUUCCGAUGCCGCACCUUCCAGUCCGACCGGGGCUUCACCGGGAAGAUUUGCGCGCGGUGCAAGUUCGCGCACGCACGAUGCAAUUUGAGUGGAGGAGACUUCCGCGCGCGAGGGGGUCCCGGAUCGAGUCUCUACCACCCCGACCUCCUCAACGGCCACAAGGGUAAAAAGGGCACAGUCAAGCGCCGUCACAGCGAUGCAGAUCGCCCAUCCGCUCCGGACAAGAAGAUGAGGUCGCAACCACAACCCGCAAAGCUUCCCACUACCGCACCACCCACACGCGAGGGCUAUACCGCAUCCUACCCCCCUUCCUCCACCAGCCCUCCCAACCCUCCCCACCAGCCCUCCGCCCCCCCCAAACCUCUCGGCUCCGCCCUCUCCUCCCUCUCCGCCGAAAUCGCCGACACGGUCGGCAAAGCGAUCGUCGACCAAGUGGCGACGCGGGUGGUCGAGGAACUCCUCCCUGACCUGCAGGUGCUCUACGACAAGCUGCGCGGCGUGGAGAUGCGCCAGGUGCAGAUGGAGCGCGACGGCAAGGCGGCGCGCGAGCAGGCGGCAGAGGUGAUGCAGUUGAUGAAGGAGGAGUUGCGGUUGGUUCGCGAGGAGAUGGGCGCGGCGCGGACGGGGAUGAGACCGUCGAGAUUGAGCAAUGCGUUUCCGCCGGACUUGAGGGACGGGGGUUAAAUACCAAUGGGGGGUUUGUUCUUACAUAUUUGUGCACGCGUCCUGGGCGCAUAUCUUACGACGUAUCCGCAUGAUUCUAUCUCUACAUGGUACCCAGAGGCCAGGGGAAAAGGAAGUGUGGAUCACAUUUCAUG